AUGGCUAGCCCCCUUACUGCUGGCUUCUGCCAGCGCGCACACACCGCCUCCGAGACGCCCGAGGGCGUCGAGCCCGUCCUCCAGGUCCUCAGCGUGAAGCGCAUCAACUCGCCCGCCUCAGGAGCCCAGGCGACGGACCGCUACCGCGUCAUCCUUUCCGAUGGAGAGUACUUCAUCCAGUCCAUGCUGGCCACGCAGCUGAACCAUCUCGUCGAGAAUGAUGAACUGGAGAAGAACACGGUCAUCAAGCUCACUUCCUUUGUCAUCAACACCGUUCAGAACCGCAAGCUUAUCAUCAUUCUCGCCCUUGAGCGCCAGAACUGGAACGGCCAGAAGGUGGGAAACCCCGUCAACGUCGACCAGCGCGCCGCUGGAGGUGUUGCUUCUCCCGCACCCGAGGCCGCUCCGGUCACCAACGGUGCUGCUAGCCGUGGAGGCGCGUCGAAUGCGCGCCCGGCAGCUGCCCCUCGUGGCCCCAGCCGCGACAUGGGUCCCAUCUUCCCCAUCGAGGGUCUCAGCCCGUGGACGAUCAAGGCCCGCGUCACGCAGAAGUCGGACAUCAAGCACUGGUCGAACCAGCGCGGCGAGGGCAAGCUCUUCAGCGUCACGCUCAUGGACGAGACGGGCGAGAUCCGCGCGACCGGCUUCAACGACCAGGUUGAUGCGUUCUACCAGCUGCUCGAGGAGGGUAAGGUCUUCUUCAUCUCCAAGGCGCGCAUCAACAUUGCCAAGAAGCAGUUCUCCAACGUCAACAACGAGUACGAGAUCACCUUCGAGAACCAGACCGAGAUCGAGCCCAGUGUGCCGGAGAUCAAGUACAACUUUACGAAGCUGAACGACCUGGAGAGCCUGCAGAAGGACGCGACGACCGAUGUCAUCGGCGUCGUGCAGGAGGUGCACGACCUCGGACAGAUCACGUCCAAGGCCACGCAGAAGCCGUUUAACAAGCGUGACAUCCAGCUUGUCGACCAGAGUGGUCAGUCUGUUCGUCUCACGCUCUGGGGCAAGACGGCCGAGAACUUCACCCACUACGACCACCCAGUUGUCGCCUUCAAGGGCGUCAAGGUUAGCGACUUUGGCGGUCGCUCGCUGUCCAUGUUCUCGUCUGCCACGAUGGCGAUCAACCCGAACACUGACGAGGCUUGCGCCCUGCGAGGAUGGUGA